UAUUGCAAAGUGUUCUCAGGUAGUCUAAUCGAGCUUUUGUGCAACGCCUACGAAGGCACACAGUACGCUCACCGGGUGAACCAGUUGGAAUCAUAGCACAAUGCAUGCAAGAUACUUGUACCUACAUACUCGACCCUCCACAAGAGAAUGGAAAAGGAAUGUCUGCUGCAGCCUCUCCGACUUCGCUGAUGUUACAAGCAAACAAUUAUUGAGUCAGGCGCGCGCAACCGCAUUUCCGGGCCACAAGCAUGUUUCCAUCCCAUUAUGGUCUGCCACUCUGCCCACUCCACCGUGUCCACGGUGGCCACUCUGCAGGGAACGAAAGGAGGAGGAGGACAGAAAGUCGGUCUAGGCCAAUCAACCCAUCAACCAUGACGCGGUUGAUGCGUUUGCUGGACGGACGUCAAGCGCUAGUAAUGUUUGUGCUCUUGCGGUCAGAGUUCGAUAAAGUAAACAAUUUCUGGGCGGUCACGGCGGGCAUGGCGGUCAUUUCGCAACCCUUCAAAUUCCCCAUCCUCCCACUUUGCGACGACGGCCGUAUGCCAUUCAUUCAUCACAAUCGUGUUGCACGCUUAAGAUCGUCAUCUAAUGUCUGCCAUCGGGAGGGGGUCACAUGGCCCCUAUGGCUCGGGGGCCAAGCCCGCCGUUGGGCGCUGGUCCAUUCCCACUAUGUCACUGUACUGUCACUUUCACUGUUGACUUUCCAAAAACACUACGUCAAACAGUGUGAGACCUCUCACAAAGUUUCGCUGCCACCUGCGCUUGCGACACUACAGUUAUUUUCUCUUUCACUUUUGGCAUACAUACAUAGCGUCAUGCGACUGGUAUUACGACCACCUACAUACCACUCUGUUGUCCAACCCGUUCGCUCAAGCCACCUCUGUGGCAACGGCUCUCACUCUCACUUGAAGCCAGGUAGCUGAAGAACACCGCAUACCACCAACCCCGGAUCCCCGAAGCACCGACCGCUCUUCCACAGUCACUACACAGGUCACAGCCGUAUACGCAGGGAAAAAUAAGAAAAUUCAAAUCUCUCCCACCACCAUGACGAACAGUCUAGAGGCGAAGAUAGUGGUACUGGGGAGUCAGGGAGUCGGCAAAACAUCACUCGUUCAUCGUUACGUCAGGAACGCAUUUACACCCCCGACAACAGCAUCGACAAUAGGGGCUUCUUUUCUCACGAAGCGCGUCACGGAUAUCGACACAUCCACCACAGUGCGCCUGCAAAUAUGGGACACAGCUGGACAGGAAAGGUUUCGCUCGAU